GUGAUUGAGAAAAUAGCACUUUAUGGGGUAUUUUGCUUUGUUCGUUUUCCUUCUAAACUCGGAAUGACUCAUUGCACAGGUCAAUGGCUGGUGGUGGUUGUGGUGUGCCUGAGUGGGAUUAAGACUGCAGAACUUCUGAACUGUACAGAAACUGUGGAGAAAAAUGGAUCUGCUCUGUAUAAGAUCAGUGAACCAGCAGAGCUCCACUGUGAAACUGACUGGGCUAUCAACGGUAUAGUUGUUGCCUAUGAGGGACACGUCAACAAAACUCUAGUGCAGCUGCUCACACAAGACUCUCUUCGUCUCAUUCACCGUUAUCCUAAUGUCACUUAUACAGUGGACUGUGAAAAGGGGCGUGUUUCUGUCCCCUGCUAUGGCCCUGCCUCUUCAAGUCUGAGGGAGCCUCCACAUGAUGCCAACAACCGAAGUCGGGGAUUGGCUUUUAAUACUACAGACUCUGCUUCUUCAAGUCUGAGUGAGGCUCCACAUGAUGCCAACAAGCUAAAUUGGGGAACCAUUUUGGCUAUUGUUGUCAUUGCCCUCCUUGUCAUCGCCCUCCUUUUCAUCCUACCAGUUGGCAUUUGCUGGCGGAAAAAGAAGAGAUUCCCCUGUAGAUGUUUCCGGAAGGAAAAAAAGGAGCAAGGAGAUCCUAAGGCAACUGAAGGGAUGUUGUGAGCCAGCGGACCCCCAUUCGUACGGUGCCAGUACCCUCCUGUCCAACCUCUGCUUCUGGUCUUUUCUUUCUGCCUUUUAUUGUUUAUCAUGUCUCAUUUUGAGAAGGCUUAUGCUUAGGUACUGCAUUUAAUGUAUUCAAACUGCAAUGGUUUAGUGAAAUGCACAGGGUACUAUGUGCUAUGCAGCGCUGCUUUGUAGGAUAGAUUAUGCACAUAGUGUUCAAUAUGAUACAUGCUACUAGCAAGCUUUUUGUUCCCCUGACACUCAUACAGUGUCAAUCCACCAAUGACACAUUUUAAAAGCAUUCAUCACAUCUGAUGAAGUGACUCAUUACUAAGAAGGGCUGUUUUCUCAGUACUGUAAAUGCCAUAGAACACUAUAAGGCCAGUGGAAUGGAAGGGAAGUUUUUCUCGAGCAUUAAUAUCACAGACUUCGACUUCUUAGCAGUCCAGUCUUUGAUCUGUGUCAUUCACGUGUGCAGAUGUUAAGGUGCAAACAAUCAGAGGCCCAAUGAGAUUUUAAACUUCAGACAUUCCUUGUUUUUAUUUUUUUGUAUUCCAAAGUGCAUUAAAAGCAGCUUACUCACACUGCUUAUAUGAUUUGAUUGGGCUUAUGGUAGGAUAUGUUGAUGUUUUGGUGGUGAGUCAUUUAAAUAUAAGUAUGUGAAAUACUUACUGUAUAUGACAUAUAUAUAUAUAUACUAUAUGCCUCUAUAAAUGUGCAAUAUGUAGUUGUAGUUGUAAAAAAACCCAAAAAACAAUGCCAGCAUGAUGAGAGGCCACAUCACUGCUAUUCCUGCACACUGCCUCUUCUCUUUGACACUGCCAUUGUUUGUAGUUUUGUGGCCCUGAAACACCAAUGAAAAAGCCCUGUAGCAAAGAAUCCAGAUGCACAGAAUCCACUUUUAGGUCCAAAUGGGACUUUAAACUUGAGACAUUCCCUUUUUUAAUUUUUUUUAUCCGAAAGUGCAUUAAAAGCAGCUCAAUCGCGCUGCUUGAAUGAUUUGAUUGUGCUUAUGGUGGGAUGUGUUGAUGUUUUGGUGGUGGGUCAUUUAAAUAUAAGUGUGUGAAAUACUUAUAUGACAUAUGAAUGAAAUAUAUAUAUAUAUGAAAUGAGAUGAAAACAUUACCUGUUUUUAAUUUUUUAUUCCAAAGUGUAUUACAAGCAGCUCACUCUCUGAAUGAUUGAAUGAUUUGAGUAUGCUUUAUAUUUGAGUAUUAUAUAUAUAUAUAUACAUGUAUAAUAUAUGCCUCUAUAAAUGUGCAAUAUGUAGUUGUAGUUGUCGAAACCCAAAACAUCAAUGCCUGUGCCAUCUCUCUGAGGCCAUGAUGAGAGGCCACAUCACCGGUAUUCCUGCACGCUGCCUCUUCUCUUUGACACAUUUUAAUCCGAAAGUGCCUUUAAAGCAGCGUACUCACGCUGCUGGAUCGACUUUAUUGUGCCUAUGGUGUUGAUGUUUUGAUGGUGAGUCAUUGAAAAGAAAUAUGUGAAAUACUUUAUUAUUAUUUAUAUAUUAAUAUUUGGUCCCUGAAACACAAAUGAAAAAGCCAGAUGAUAGAAUCCAUUUAGAAAAACUGUUCAUGACUUGACAUGAAUGUAUUAAUCAAGUGCCUUGUAUUAAUAAUGACCUUGUAUGAAUCAUGUGCGUCACUGUGUGAUGUUAGUGAAAUGGCUUCACUUUCAUCCUUGUGCUGUGAGUGAGCCCGAUUGCAAUUGUUACUUAAUAAAUAUACUGAUCUACAACUCAGGGGACCGGAGAUAUCACUUUAUGUUGGCUCUAAAAAUACUUGACAGUAAAACCUACAUAUUGCACUUUUAAGAGUUAAAGUUUUUUAUAUAUUUAUAAUAUAAUUAUAAUAAGGUCAUGCAUAAGCUCUUAUGAGCUAUUUAUUGUUAGACAGACAGACAUUCCACAUAUUUUAGAAUAGUUAAAUUACAAUCUUCUGAAUCCAAAGUAAAGUUUCUUUCUGUUUAUUUCUAUAUAUUUUUUGUGUUGGUCAGAUGUAUUUGUAUUAUGUGCAGCUUUCCUCCUUUUCAAUUGUAUCCUAUCAUGGCACUGUUACAUUAAACUUCUAUAUGGACA